GCUAUAAGAGGCAGGCAGCGGUCGGUUCCUGGCAUUCCGCCAGUGGUCCUCCCCGUCGAUUCAUCUUCACGCCUCCCUGCCGUCCGUGGCCAUGGCAACCUGGAGUAGCUUGGUGCUGUUGUCCGCUAUAGCGGUUAGCGCGCUGAGUUUGCCCCAGCCCGAUGAGGGCGCCUACAACAUUCCUCGCGUGGGCGCAGGGAGACGCUCCCAGUACUAUGUCCUGCACAGCGACGGGACUUACAAGUACGGCCACGACACCGGCGAGGGAGCCUUCGAGAGCGCGCGUCUGAAGAGCGCCGGAGAUCUGGACGGAGAGUUCGGAUACAAGGAUCCUGAAGGACAAAACGUCAGGCUUCAGUAUAAAUCUGGAGUGGGUGGAUUCCGGGCGCAGGGCGACCACCUGCCGGCCCCGCAUCCUGACUUCACGGCAGCCCAUGCGGCGGCGCAGUCCAGAAGGCCCUUCGUUGACCCUCUGGCCGACACCGACAGCGAUGCCUCCUACACAUUCCAAUUCGCCGGAGACGAGCAAUCGCGGACCGAGGUGAGCGACGCUGACGGAAAUGUUCGCGGGUCCUAUACGUACACUGACGAGGACGGCCGCACACGCACGUUCUCCUACACGGCCGGUCGAGGCACUGGCUUCGUCGUCGAAGGAGACGACCUGCCGCAGCAGAUUGAUUCGGACGCAACUCCCGCUGCCACCCGACUCGCUUCGUCUUCCAGGCGCUUUUCUUCAACGCGCCCGGCGGGAACAACAUCCAACAGGCAGACGUCGACGGCAUCUUCCUUCAGAGCGACUGCGGGAGGCCAGCGCACUGCACCAAAACGUCCCGUCGCCACUCAGGCUUCCAGCUCCCAGUUUGGUUCACGCGUGGCUUCUACCAGUUUAACCGGACAGUCUGCACAUCGCAGACCUUUCGGUAGCGCUACACCUGCUCGGCGGCCCUCUGCUACUUCCUUUGGUGUUUCGGCUCAGCGCACACCCGCAACCUACAGCACUUCCAUUUCCCACACCCCUGAUGCCUCUCGGCCCUCUGCACCCCGCACACCCUCCAGCUUCAGUUCUUCCGCUUCCCGCGCCCCCGCGGCCUCCCGUCCCUCCGCCUUCAGCUCCUUCUCCCCCCAGACUCGCCUCUCAAGUCGUCCAUUCGAAGAGGCCAACACGCGCAGCGAGGUCAGAGCCGAUGGCGGUUAUUCCUUCGCGUAUGAGACUUCCAGCCACUCUCGGGCAGAGUCUGGCGACAGAGAUAACAACGUUGACGGAAAGUUCGAUUUCGUGGCCGAGGACGACGGUCAGAGACGAAGUGUGCAAUAUGAAGCUGGAUCUGACACAGGAUUCAUUGCUGAAGGAGCUCACAUACCCGUAGGACCUGAGGUUCCCGGGGCACCAUCCGGUCAGCCAACUGGAAGGCUCGUCCCAGUAAAGGAGACGCCCUUCGUUGACCCUCUCGCCAAUACUGGCUUAGAUGCCUCCUACAACUUCGCCUUUGACUCUGAGCAAUAUUCUCGCUCAGAAACCGCUGACGCCGACGGAAACGUGCAGGGCACCUACACCGUGGUGGACGACGAUGGAACGCGUCGCACUUUCCGCUUCCGCGCCGGAAAAGGUAUCGGAUUUGAGACAGAAGAGAUCUCAGUCUCUCGCGGUCCUCCUCCUUCCCGCACUGCAUCAACCGCACCCGCCUCCUCCAGCACUUCUUCUUUGGGCGCAGGUUCCUCUUUCUCUUCCAUCAGCCAGGGAUCGGCUACCAGUGGUGGCGUUAUUUCCUACAAAUCUCCUUCCACCGCCAGCCGCGCCCCCGUGGCUCCUCGGCCAUCAAGCACAUCAACCUUCUCUUCAUUCAGCAGUUCUUCACAGCAGGCCUCGAGGACACCUCCCCUGAGAAGUAUCUUCAAGCCCACGUCAACCAAAGAGGUUUUCCCGGGCUUCAAGUUGCAUCAGUAUGACUUUACUAAGAACCCAGAUAAGUUUGGCUACGUCCUGACCUUCGAUAACUAGCUGUGCAAAUGACUAGAGGGCACCAACAAUGAACCACUUGCAAGCAGGCUGCCACUCCAAAUUGGUUUUAUUCAUACUGUAUUCUUUAUUUUCUAACACGUCAUCAAGUAGCUCAAGGAUCUGUGCUGAUAGAACGAAAAAUGCACACGUACCGGUCUAAGGAACAGGCAUAUCGAAUUGCAAAUCAGUAACAGAUUCAGAGUUACAAGAAGCAUUGACAUAUCACAAGCUACACGAAGAUACUAACAUAUCUCAGGUUCCACGAAUAGGAAAUACUUCUAUUUUUAACA